UGAACGGACUGCCCGUGCGCUGCGAUCAACCAGCACAUCCACCCACCCAUACACACACACAGUUUUACCACACACACACACUUGAGUAGGACACCGGGCAGAGCGCGUACCGCCGAUCAUCUCCUCCCUCCCCUCAGCAGCAGAUUGCUGUGCCUCUGACGACAGACAGUCACACAUGUUGUGAGCGCGAGGCUGUGGAGAGACUGCAUCAAGGAGCGAGGACGGCAUGUUCGCUUGCAUCGGGAACGGUGCGUAGGAGUUGUUCUCUCUCUACCUGCCAUUUGCAUUCCUUCUUUAUUCUCCACGUUGAUCCUCGGACGAGUGCGGGCGCACAGGGAGUCCCAUUACCGAGGGAGGAUCGCGCUGCGUGUGUGAGCGUGUGUGUGGGUUAAAAAAAACUACAGCUGUCAUCUUAGAACCGCGGCACUGCUGUUGUGGAGAAAGUCGUUGGAAAUCUGCAAGAAACGGGUGGCUGCUAUAUUUUCUUCUACCCCCUCUCUUCAAUUUUUUUUUUUUAAAGCUUUCUUUUAAGGCGAUGGACUUGAGAAAGUGCGUCUAAAUUUCAGUGUUGGUGACUGGGAGUUGCCGUCGGGGAGAAAUGCGAGAGGAUGCUUGGAAGCAGUGAAGGAUACAGCAGGUAACCGAUAAGAUGGCGGCCAGGGAAGCGACUGGGCACAGCUACCUGGUGGCUUUCUGGCAGCCCAUUCUGAUACUGAUGCUUGGCGCCGUGCUGUCUGGCUCCACUACAGGCUGUCCAUCCCGCUGUGAGUGCAAUGUUCAAGAGCGCUCUGUGAUGUGCCACCGCAAAAAGCUCAUGACAGUUCCCGAGGGCAUUCCAGCAGAAACAAAACUGCUGGACCUGAGCAAGAACCGCAUCAGAACCAUCAACCCAGACGAGUUUGCCAUGUUUCCCAACCUCGAAAACCUGGAGCUCAGUGAAAACACGAUCUCCACCAUUGAACCUGGAGCAUUCAAUAACCUUUACGGUCUGCGGACAUUAGGGCUGCGUAGCAACAAGCUCAAGCUGAUACAGCUUGGGGUCUUCACAGGCCUGAGCAAUCUCACACAGCUGGACAUAAGUGAGAACAAGAUUGUCAUCCUGUUGGACUACAUGUUCCAGGAUUUGUACAACCUGCGGUCCUUAGAGGUUGGUGAUAAUGACCUUGUUUUCAUCUCCCACCGAGCUUUUCACGGGCUUAGUAGCCUUGAGCAUCUGAGUCUUGAGAAGUGCAACCUGUCCUCCGUACCAACAGAUGCUUUUACACACCUUCACAAUUUGAUCACGCUCAGGCUGCGUCUCCUCAAUAUCAAUGUGAUACGGGAUUAUUCCUUCAAACGGCUCUACCGGCUGAAAGUGUUGGAAAUAGCCAAUUGGCCUUAUCUGGAUACGAUGACUCCAAAUUGCUUGUAUGGAUUAAAUCUCACCUCCCUGACCAUUGCAAAUGCCAACCUGACAACAAUUCCUUAUGUUGCCCUGCGGCACUUGGUCUAUUUGCGCUUUCUUAAUCUCUCCUAUAACCCUAUCCAUACCAUUGAGGGGAAUAAGCUUCAUGACCUUCUGCGUUUGCAGGAAUUUCACCUGGUUGGAGGCAGACUGGCAAUGAUUGAGCCCUACUCUUUCCGUGGUCUAAACUACCUGAAGAUCCUAAAUGUUUCUGGAAACACUCUAACUACUUUAGAGGAGUCUGCUUUCCAUUCAGUCGGCAACCUCGAAACCCUUGCCUUGUAUGAUAACCCCCUGGCCUGUGACUGCAGACUGUUAUGGGUUUUCCGACGACGCUGGAGACUGAACUUCAACAGGCAGCAGCCUACCUGUGCCUCCCCUGAGUUUGUCCAAGGCAAAGAAUUCAAAGACUUUCCAGAUGUCCUGCAGCCAAACUACUUCACGUGUCGCAAGUCUAGGAUUAGGGAUCGCAAAGCUCAGCAGAAAUAUGUUGACGAGGGAGCCAUUGUUCAUUUCGCUUGCCAAGCAGAGGGAGAUCCUUCUCCAGUGAUAAUGUGGCUAUCUCCGCAAAAGAAGUUCAUCACCUCCAAGACAAUUGGAAGGCUUUCCGUGUUGCCAGAUGGUUCCCUGGAGGUUCGAUAUGCCCAGACCCAAGACAAUGGUACAUAUGCGUGUAUAGCUAGCAACGCCGGCGGAAAUGACACCUCCCCUGCUCACCUUCACAUCCAUAGCUACUCGCCUGACUGGCCACAAAGGUCCAACAAGACUUUAGCCUUCAUCUCCAACCAGCCCGCUGAAACUGGUAAUGGUACACGAGCCAAUGCGCCUUUCCCCUUUGAUAUUAAGACGUUGAUCAUUGCCACUACAAUGGGCUUCAUCUCUUUUCUCGGUGUCGUCUUGUUUUGCCUGGUGCUGCUCUUCCUAUGGAGUAGAGGUAAAGGCGCCACGAAGCACAACAUCGAGAUCGAGUAUGUGCCACGGAAAUCGGACGCUGGCAUGAGCAGCAGCACAGCGGAUGCUCCUCGCAAGUUUAACAUGAAAAUGAUAUAACCCAGACGAGGAAUUUAUUCAUUUUGAACAAAAAAAAUGACAAAUGGAAAAGAAGACAUUUUCUUUCCUCCCUUACCAACCUGUGGAUCCUGGUCUGUGAACAUAGAGUCAAAUGUUUUUUUCUGAUUGAAGUGCUAAAGAAGAGAGCACUUCCUGACUUGUGAAGGCAUCAACUGAAAGUCAACUUUGUCAUAUCAGUUCAUAUUCCUGUGGAUUUAUACUGGGAACAAUAUAUCUGAAAACAAAACACUUCAAACAGCCAGUAUGGGAGGGGCAGAUCGAACAUCGCUGUUUUGUGUCUGUAUUUUUUUAUUUUAUGUUAUUUUUUUCUUACAUUUGUUUCCAAGGUUGGAUGUCAAGUUAUGAAUGAGAUUUGUAUAGGUUGAUGAGCACAUGUAUACAACGUACAAUUUCAAUGAAUCACCAUUAUACUAUGUUCUACAUAUGGUCCGUUUUCUUUCCUACAGUGAUGUUCUGUAAACCAUCAAAUGUAUAUGUUGGUCACAAUCGCUAAUGAAAAAAAAAGAGUAUGUCCCACCAGUGAGCAGAGAUAUAUAACAAAGUAUAGCAAAAUGACAUGAUAGGAAAUACAGAACGAGGCACAAUAGAACAUCUUAUUUGCAGCUAAUUCAUAGCGAACUUAUUGUCUGAGAAAGAACAAUGAAGGGUACUGUAAACCAGUUGGUCAUUAGGUGACCUGAAAAACAGAAUGAUACACAUAAGUGCUCUGAAAUGACAUAAUGCAGAUGUAUAGUGCCACUUAAAAUAUUAAUUGCAAUGCUCAGUUAUGUACUGUACAAAUCAAACAAAAGGGUAUGUAAGAAUCAAUUUAAUGUGACUAACAGGAUUUUUAUCAUUGGGAAAAUGCUCUAAUAAAGCCUUUUGAGCCAUG